AGUGCUUAGUAACGAACAUACAUUUUCUCUCGUUUUUAUAACAUCAUCGCUUCUCCAGAAAGUCAUCGAAAGUCGUCACUAGCAUCUUAUCGUCACCGUCGUGUUCACGAAUUUGCUGCUAGGAUACUAGAUAAUAUAUAGAAUGGGAAAUCUAUUUUGCUGUGUGCAAGUUGACCAAUCUACAGUUGCUAUGAAGGAAAGAUUUGGCAAGUUUGAGGAAGUACUUGAGCCAGGAUGCCAUUUCUUGCCUUGGUGUAUAGGAAGUCAGAUUGCUGGCCAUCUCUCGCUUCGGUUACAGCAGUUGGAUGUGCGAUGCGAGACAAAGACUAAGGACAAUGUAUUUGUCAAUGUCGUUGCAUCUGUGCAAUAUCGUGCCUUGGCCAAUAACGCGAGUGAUGCUUUCUACAAACUUAGUAAUACUAGAUCCCAAAUCCAAGCCUAUGUAUUUGAUGUGAUCAGAGCAAGCGUGCCAAAGCUAAAUCUUGAUGACGUUUUUGAACAAAAGAAUGAAAUUGCAAAAGCAGUGGAAGAAGAGCUUGAAAAGGCCAUGUCCGCCUAUGGGUAUGAGAUUGUUCAGACACUUAUUGUUGAUAUAGAACCAGAUGAGCGUGUGAAGCGGGCCAUGAAUGAAAUCAAUGCUGCUGCACGGUUGAGAUUAGCAGCUAAUGAGAAAGCAGAAGCUGAAAAAAUUGUGCAGAUAAAACGAGCAGAGGGUGAUGCUGAGUCCAGGUAUCUGGCAGGAUUAGGUGUCGCUAGGCAGCGACAGGCUAUUGUAGAUGGUCUAAGAGACAGCGUGCUUGGCUUCUCAGUGAAUGUACCAGGUACUACUGCUAAGGAUGUUUUGGACAUGGUACUUGUGACCCAAUACUUUGACACCAUGAAAGAAAUUGGUGCUUCUUCCAAGUCCUCGGCAGUAUUCAUCCCACAUGGACCUGGUGCUGUGCGUGACGUUGCUCAACAGAUUCGAGAUGGGCUGCUUCAGGCAUCUGCCCACCAGCAACCAGAGCUCCUGUAGUGUUGGCCGUGUUCAAAAAGAAGUGUGCAUGGGUAUUUUGUUUAUCUGAAUGGACUGUUCUUUACUUUUAUAUGGUUGUGACGCAGCAGUAUGCCCCUUGGAAAUAUUCAUCUCCAGUAUUUUGCUUGUAAAUGAAUUUUUAGUUUUAAAUUGUUAAAAGGGUGUUUUGCCAUUCCUCA